AUGGAGUACAGGCCCUCGUUCCCCCGAAAGAAGCGCUCCCAGAGUGGCGCCAGCGGCAGCGGGCCGCGCGUGAGGAACAUGAAGGCCACCUUGGGCACGCGGCGGAACGGGUACCGCCGCACCCCCGGGGUGAACGACGCGCGCCAGAGCAGCUCCUCGUCCGUCAUCGAGUGCUCCAGCCCCUCCGCCGCCGCCGCCGCCGCUGCGACGGCGGCGUCGGCGGCUGGGGAGACCCCCAGCCACGGCCGGAACAGCGUGGCCGCCGCCACCUCGUGCCCGUGCCGCGGACAGCCCCAAGCCGAGCAGCAGGAACACCUUGAGCAUCCCCCACGGGAACACCCUGAGCUGGUGCUGCCCCUGCCUCGCCUCCUUCACGUCGUUCUCCAUGGAGUCCGCACCUGCAGCGCGGCGGCUCGGAGUUAG